AGUUUCAUGAUUUGAUUUUGCCGUUCUCACCACCCAUACCCCUCCCGUCUCUCACCCAUUUCAGCUCUCUCUCUCUCUCUCCUACUCUCUUCCUUGCGCUCUCAUUCCUUCUCUCUCUCCUGCAAGUGCUCUCGCAACACUGCGCGAAACCCUAAUCUUUCUCUUUCCUCCUUCUCCCCAAAAUAAUCUCCGGCAUCUCUUUCUCUCUCUCUCUAUAUUUCGCUUUCUCUCUCCUCUUUUCUCCUAUCGAUUUCGCCGAAUCUGAGCCAUCGAUUUCGAUCUCAAUCUCAAAAAUGGCUAACCGCAAGAUUGAUCUGCCUGACGAUCUCAUUUUAUCGACCCCCAAAGCCUCACUAGAAAUUGAUGAUGAAAAGAUCACUAUGGGGUUCCUUGAUGAUGUUAAAGAUCAAGCAGCUUCUGAGAAUAGCAUUCCUUUGUCCCCUCAAUGGCUUUAUGCUAAACCUAGUGAUGCUAAGCCGGAUAUCCGUAGCCCAAUCACUCUCUCUCUUGGAAACUCCACUGAUCCAACUCAUAAGGAAAAUGACAAGAAGGACUGGAGGAAACUUGCUUCUGAGAAUGAAAGCACCAGGCGUUGGCGUGAGGAGGAAAGGGAAACUGGAUUACUUGGUAGAAGAGAACGCCGGAAAACUGAUCGCCGUGUUGAAAAUGUUUCUGUCAGGGAAAGUACAGAGGCGAGAAACCUGCCCGCUGCUGAACGUUGGCAUGACCCAACAACCCGCAACUCUAACCAUGAGACAAGGCGUGACAGCAAAUGGUCUUCUAGGUGGGGUCCUGAUGACAAGGAGAAAGAAUCACGGCCUGAGAGGAAAACAGAUAAUGAAAAGGAAGAUGCUCAGAAUGAUAGUCAAUCGAUUGGGAGUGGUAAUCGUGAUGCUGAGUCUCGUGAUAAUAAGUGGAGGCCUCGCCAUAGGAUGGAACCUACCUCAAGUGCACCUACUCCAUACCGUGCUGCUCCAGGCUUUGGCCUUGAUAAAGGAAAGGUAGAUGGUCACAACAUGGGAUUUACUGUUGGAAGAGGGAGGUCAAGUGGUAUACCAAAUGUGAAGCCUCCACUGGGCAGUACAAGUGGCACUGUCCAAGUUGACAAGGACGAGCAUAUACUUGGGAAACCAAAUUUUACAGCGGAGUCAUUUUGUUACCCCAGAGCUAAGCUUCUUGACAUAUACCGUUCACAAAAGAUUGAUGCAACUACUUAUUCCAAGCCUGAUUCCAUGGAAGAAGUGCCCUCCAUAACUCAGAUGGAGGCUGUUGUGCCAUUAGCUUUUGUUGCACCAGAUACCGAGGAGGAGGCAAUACUUAAUGAUAUAUGGAAGGGGCAAGUCACUGGUAGUGGAGCUUCUUACAGUGCAUACAGACAGAGCAAGGUAGCUGAGGCUGCUACAGGCACUGGCAACUUGGAUUCUGUUGUGGAUAAUGAGGGUGAUAUUCCUGCUAAUAAUGAGGAGGCUAUUAGUUUCCUUGAUCCCAUGAGUGGUAAAUCUACUCAGGCUGAAGAAAUAAAUGCUCAAUAUGCAUCAGAAUUUAAAGUUUGGAGCACAGUAUCUGAGGGACCAAUGUCGGCAGUUUCGAGAAUUGCUGACGCGGCUAAGACUCGUGAUGAUAAUUACAACAUUGCUAACCUUAAAGCUGCUGAAGUCGAUCGAACUGCUUUUGAUAUUGGUUCUAAACUUCCUGAUGAUUCUAAUUCUUUGUUUGUGACAGAAUCUCUUGAUGAUAGUCGGGGUAACAGUCUGUAUGCCCAGAGUGAGAGAGAUACUAAUGGUGUGGGAGAUGGCGUACCACCUGAGGAGUUAAGCUUAUAUUACCGUGAUCCUCAGGGAGAGGUACAGGGUCCAUUUCUUGGUGUGGACAUCAUCUCAUGGUUUGAACAAGGUUUCUUUGGCCCUGAUUUACCAGUUCGCUUAGUAGAUGCUCCAGAACAUGCUCCUUUCCAAGAGCUGGGUGAUGUAAUGCCGCAUCUGAUGCUUCAAGAAGGUCUUGGUAUUAGCUCAGAUCUGAGUUCUAAGAUAGAUAAUGGAGAGUCUGCGCAUACUACUGAGAUCAAUGAUCCGUCCACAUUGAAUAGCCAAAGUUGGCGGUUGUCAGAGUUGGAUAAUCAUUUAAAUCUGCCUGCUCGCCCUCGGAUGCUGGAGCGUGAUGAUUUGGCACAACAUGCAUUUUCCGAAGGGAAAAGCUUUCAUGAUUCUUCUGCUCAGGAUGAAGAAAUUGUAUUUCCUGGAAGACCUGGAAGUAGCGGCAACCCUGUUGGGAGACGCCUGAGAAGUGCUGAUGGGCCAAUGGUAAAUCAAGUCGGGUUUCAUAACCAUCCGAAUGAAGUGAAAGAAACCGGCAUGCCCAUUCUCAAAGAUGAUAAGCUCCACCCUUUUGGCUUGUUAUGGUCUGAACUUGAAGGAAAUCCAACCAGGCAAGCCCAACCCUCAAGUAUGCCCUCUACUGCUGGUAUUCCUGGUCAUCAUAUGGGUCAUUCGCCAGGAAGGGUUUCUCCUUUCAGCGGAGUUCCUGAUCAGUUGGAGGAAACAUGGUCCAACUUUUAUGACAAAGGUCCUAUAUCUAACUCGAACAUGUAUGGAGAGUCAUUGGAGACUCAUCACUUUCCUCACCUUGAUCAAGAGUCCAAUCAUCGGGAAUUAGCUGAGCAAAUUAUAUCAAGACAACUCCAGCAGCAGCAUAUCCAACAGAGGAAUCUGUUGUCUCAAUUUACCCACUUAAAUGAGUCACCUUUAGAACAAGUGCCAAGCCGAGCUUCUCUCCAUCAACAGCUUUCUAAUCAACCUUUGUCUGAACUUGAGCAUAUCUUGGCUCUCGAACAGCAGAGGCAGCUUGAGCUCCAACAACAUCAUUUGCAGCAGCAACAACAACAACAGCAGCAGCAACAACAGCAGCAGCUUCAGAAAAUUUAUUUGCAGGAACAACAGUCCCAAGCUAGGCAACAUAUACUUGAGCAGCUCUUACAUGCUCGCGAGUCUGGCUUUGCUCAAUCUCAUAUAGAUCCUAGUACAGGAUUGGAUCAGAUGCUGCUGAAGCAGCAGCUUCUACGUGAUUCCCAGUCCCAUUUGAAUCAGUCUUCAAGGCACAGUGAUCCAUAUUUGGAUCACUUUAUACAGGCGAAGAUGGGCCAAGCAACUCAUCAAGAUAGGCAGGCGGAUCUCUUAGAACUAAUGCAGCACACACGGCAUGAACAAUUUCGAUCUCAUCAAAUGCUUCAGCAGGAGCAGCUACAAGCACGGCAGAUGUCAAUGGGCUUAAGGCAGCGACCAGAAAUGGGGGAAGGAAGACCAAUUAGCUCCGUUUGGCCAGUGGACGAACCAGAGCAAUUUCUUCGCAAUCCUGUUGGCUCUCAGCGAGGUCAUUCUGCUGCUUUCAGCCCACCUCCGUUUAGCCCUCUAGAUAUGUUGCAGCAACAGCAACAACAGCAGCAAAGGGCACAGCAGGAGGAGCAGCUAAGAGAAAUUGAAAGAAAUCUUCAACUGCAAGAACGACUGAAAAGAGGUCUAUAUGACCCCGGGACAAUACCUUUUGAUCGGGCAAUGUCCAUGCAAGGUGGAGGUCCAGGUGUGAACUUGGAAAUGGCUAAUGCUAUGGCCAGACUGCAGGGUUUGGAUAUUCAAGAUCCAAAUGGUCAUGUGCGCUCUGGAGGUCAACUGGGCUCAUUAAAUUCUGGGAACCUUAGUCAUCAUCCACACCACCCUUUUGUUCAGAAUGAAUUCAAUUCGUCACAUUUUGAUGCCGAGGGUCGUUGGCCUGAUAGUGAUAGCCGUAUGUCGAAUGAUUGGAUAGAAUCUCAUAUCCAGCAGCUGCACAUUAAUGCUGAGCAACAGAAGAGGGAGCAACAAUUUGAUGAAGACAAUUCAAAGAGAUUGUUGAUGGAAUUGCUACAUCAAAAAUCUAACCAUCAACCUACCCAACCACUAAAUAUGAAUGAAGGUCCACCUUUGGAGAGAAGAACACCAUCUGGACUUUUUCAUGGAGCAAACUCUGCAGAGCAUUUGUUUAACCUUGCUCAUGAGCAUGACCUUGCUUUAGCCAAUCCGGCAGCUGUUCCAUCUUUUGUGAAUAUAUCAGCUGAGCAAACUCAGCUCCGUUUAGCUGAUGAACAGGGUGGUGGUUUUGACAGUACUGCAAGGUUGACUGGUCGAUCCAACCCUGGAAUAGCUAUGGAGGGAGAUUCUAUCUACCCUGGAAUAAAUAGAAGUGCUUCUCUGAUAUACACUAAUUCUGAUGCGAGUGGCAACUCUUAUAUUGACCGAGAAUUCUCAGAGGUGGAAGGGAAGAAGUGGGCUCCCAAAAUUGAAGAUAUGGUGAAAGGAUCAGUAAUGGAAAUUCCUGAGAGUAUGUCCAAGCAACAUGGAGUGGCAGCAUUGGAUGGCAGGGAGGUACCAGCCAGUUCCAUUAACAGGCAGAGCUCGAUUGGGGUUGCUGCUGGACAAGGAGGAUUCUACAAUGAAAAAAUUGGACGAUCUAAUUCCUUUACUGAAGAGGUUGAUAGGAUACCUACUGUUCUUUCCAGAGGGUCAGAAAACGUCUUGUUUAAACGUCCACCUGUAUCUCGUCCUUUGUCCUGUCAAGAAGGGUUGACUGAUCUAGUAGUUGAAGCUGCCACCAAAGGGAUGAAUCCACUAAUUGGAACUUCUGACGGUGGACGGCGGGACAUAGGAGGCAACACGACUGUCCAAGCUCCUGAUACCUCUACCAAGAAGGAUAUGCGAUUUAGGCGGACUAAUUCUUGUAGUGACUCUGAUGUAUCAGAGACAUCAUUUAUUGACAUGUUAAAGAGCAAUGCUAAGAAACCGCCUCAACCCGAGGCACAUGCAAUAGGUGUCUCAGAAUCUGGUGAUGCUGGCCAAGGUGGUAAAAGUGGGAAGAAGAAAGGGAAGAAAGGAAGGCAGAUUGAUCCAGCUCUUCUUGGUUUCAAGGUAACUAGCAACAGGAUCAUGAUGGGAGAGAUCCAAAGGAUAGAAGAUUAGUUAGUAUUUUUGGUACAAGUGUCAUAGUUAGUUGUAUCUAAUGUUUUUUCCAGUUCUACCAAGAGGUGUACAGUUUCCUUUUUUUUGGGUGUAAAGCUUUCUUUUUCAUUUUUGGAAAUUCAUUUUCUCCGGCCUAUAUUUACCCUGUUUACCUGUUCAUGAAGGGGUGAUAGAAGGGCUGUUAUAGUUUGGGCAAUUUAGCUAAGAAUACCCUUGUAGAGGCUGUACUUGUACAUGAUACUAGGCUUGUUAUUUUAAAGCCGUAGCAGAAUGAGUAUUGACAAAUAGAAUUUUACGCCUA